UUAUCUCUACGCACAUUUCACAUCACGCCCCUUUUCCCCCUCCUCUCUCUUGGUCUGAGACAAAAAGGAUUGCCCAUUGACCCGGCUGAUCAUUAAGCUUCCCCCACACGCACGCCGAUACAAAAACAACCUUCUCUCCUCUCCAACCAUCCAACCACCACACCACGGCAAAUGACCUCAAAGGGGCCCUCCGCCUCGGCCCCAGACAUUGAUAUCCUCCCACCCAACUUACAAAUACAUCCGCCGCUGGUCCCAGAACAACAGCUCCCGGGUCCAAACUCCUCUGAGGAAUCCCGGAACCUGAUCACAGCAAACUUUGCGCACUUCCGAGAUGACCCUUUCUCAUUCCUUCGUGAGAUCUCCCUUCACUACAGCGGCACCGGGUGGCGUGCAUAUGACGAACCGAUUGGCCAGAAGAUAUUCUACAAGGGCUUCAGCGAUGAGAUGAAAGCGCGAGUACUAGAUAGCGGGACGUUGAAGGUCAAGUUGCAGGAGCUAGCGAGUCGGAGGGUUGUGGUAGAGGAUGGAAUGGGAUUGUUCAGCGGGGAGAAGGGGCGGCGGAAGAGGUUACAGGAGGUAGAGAAGCAAUUAAACGAGGUCGCAGAAGAAAUAGUCGAGGGGAUGAUUUGCAAGUUUGAGAGCAAAAGAUUUAUCAGGGUGCGGUGCCCGGGCUCAGCUGGCAUUGCUACAAAACUCAACUGACAUGGUAUAUUUUAGGGAGCAUACUUUAUCUGCGUGCAACUCCUAGCAAGGUCCUACCACCGUGGAAUCCACGUCUCGACACUAGAGAUCCAGAACCUCCGAGAAACCGCCAAAUUGGCGGCGGCGCGCAAGCAGUCGCUGAUCUUCCUCCCAUGCCAUCGUUCCCACAUAGACUACGUCUCGCUACAGGUGAUCUGCUACCGGCUCGGUCUGACUCUUCCGGUAGUAGUAGCGGGGGACAACCUCAAUUUUCCCCUUGUUGGUCCAUUUCUCCAACAUGCGGGGGCAAUGUUCAUAAGGCGUUCAUUCAGCGGCGACGAGGUAUACACCGCUACAGUCCAAGCAUACGUUGAUGCACUACUAUCUGGCGGGUACAACUUUGAGUGCUUCAUCGAAGGCGGUCGUUCAAGGACCGGCAAGCUACUCGCGCCAAAAUUCGGCAUCCUCAGUUUCAUCUUGGACUCAAUUCUGAGUGGCAGGGUUCGGGACGCUUGGAUUAUUCCCGUCUCAACGCAAUACGACAAAGUUAUUGAGACAGAGGCCUAUGUCAGUGAGCUAUUAGGAAUCCCAAAAGUUAGGGAAAAUCUUUGGGGUUUUCUUAACAGUAGCAAGUUCCUCAACCUCAAUAUGGGUAGGGUAGACGUUCGUUUCCACGAGCCCUGGAGUCUGCGCAGCUUUGUCGAGAGCCAGAUAGACAAGAUUGGGGCCGGGGGCGCAAUAGGCGUAAGCCUAACCCCCCAACAAAUCAGCCCGGGAGAUGCCAACCUUGGUCAAAAAUCCGUAGAUAGAGCUGCCCCCGAAGUCCGCCUCAAAGUCAUACGAAGUCUAGGGUAUAGAGUCCUUGGUGACAUAAACCGCGUAUCGGUUGUCAUGCCCACUUCCCUGAUCGGCACAAUUCUGUUGACCCUACGCGGUCGGGGAGUUGGUAAAUCCGAGCUGGUCCGACGGAUUGAAUGGCUGCGCACAAGGAUCCGAGCAAAGGGUGGUAGAGUAGCUCAUUUCGGCAUUGCGGAGACCGAAACCGUUGUCGAACGUGGUUUGGAGGUUCUUGGGGAACUGGUCGGUCGGGUGGAUGGCCUGGCGGAAGAAACCUUCUUCGCCGUGGACCGGUUUCAAUUAAGCUUCUACAGAAACAUGGUUAUCCACCUCUUCAUCAGCGAGACCAUCGUUGCAGCAGCAAUGUACACGAGGAUCAAGCAGGGUGGUGGACCAGCCAACCAGCGGGUAGAAUACCGAACCCUGCUGGACCAGGUUUCCUUCCUAUCGCAGCUAUUCCGCGGGGAAUUUGUCUUCCCUACCGAAGGCCUCAUAGCGAAUCUCGACAAGACCCUUGCAAGCCUGGCAGCAGAUAACGUAAUCACAGUAACUAGCAAUUCUGAUGGCACAAUUGGAUACGUCGAGCUCUCGAGCGCGGAACGCAAAUGCGGUCGGGAGAACUUUGACUUUUACUGCUUUCUCAUAUGGCCCUUUAUUGAGGGUAGUUGGCUCGCGGGAGUCGCGAUAAUGGGUCUUAUCCCGCAGAAGGGGAUGGAAGAAGUAUGGGUGGAACUACGUGAGGCCCAGGACAUGGCGCAACUAGUACCCCCCCGCCCCUCCUCCCCCUUUAUUUCUCAUAACUAACCUCCCAAAGAUGGGAAAAACCCUCUACCACCAAGGGGAUAUCUCGUACUUCGAAGCUGUCAACAAGGAAACGCUGAAGAACGCCUUCCAGCGUUUCCAGGAAGAAGGCAUAAUCACGAUCCGGAAAUCCAAAUCCGGCCGCACCCCGCCGCUAAUGCGCGUCUCGCCGGACUGGGUCGCGAAUGAUCGGCUGUGGGAAUUCGUCGAGAAGAUCGCUAUAUCCCGGCGCGAGGGCAAGAACCGGCGCGACAACGAGAGCGUCAGCUCCCGCGUCCUGAGGCUGGCGGAGAAGUGCGGGCACGACCUAUUCGAGAGGGGCGGCAUCAGGGAUGGGGUCGAAAAUGCGGAGGGGAAGGCGGAGGUGGAGGAGAUGGAGAUGGAGAUCAGCAAGCCCAGGAGGGCGGGUGGGGUGAGGCUGUAG